CAAAAUUUAAGACACACAAUUGUACGUGACUGUGUGUAGCCGCUGCAGUUGUUAUUUUAUUAAGUUAAAAGUUAGUUGGUCCCCCCUGAGUCUGACUCUCUCUGUUGCUGCAGUUCAUUUCUUAAACUAACUUUUUUUUUUUGUAAAAUAAAACAAUACCAAAAAAAGCUAAAGAGCUUCUGGGAAAUCCGCAGGUUUUUUUUUUUUUUUUACAAAAAUGGCGAGCUCCGAGGAGGUGAAUGAUGUUGUGUGCUUGGAACUCCCUGCUCCCUCUGGCUGGACCAAGAAGUUGAUACUUCAAAAAGGAGGUACGCCAAAGAAGAAUGAGAUCAUAUUCACGGCCCCCACUGGUGAUGAGAUCACCACCAGGAAACAGUUGGACCUGUACCUGAAAUCGCACCCUGGGGGUCCGCGAAUUUCUGAGUUUGACUGGGGAACUGGUGAAACUCCAAGAAGAUCCACAAGGAUCAGUGAAAGAGUCAAGGCAGCUCCCCCUCCAGAGAGUGAGUCACCAAAGAAAAAACCAAGAAAAUCUUCAGGUUCAAAAAAGAAAGAAACUUCUGAGGGAACUGAGAUUGCUAAGGAUGUGCAAAUGGAAGAAGAAAAUUCAGAGAAGGAGAAGACUCUCGCAGAAACUGAAACAGAUGUUCCGAAGGCAGGCCAACUGGAGGGGAAGGGUGAAAGCCAGUCUGUUGUAGCUGAAGACCCUAAGAAAGAUGAUGUGAAGGAGAUAGAAGCCGAAAGCAAAACUGCAACUACAGAUGACAAGGCAGAAGAUGAUUCUAUCAAUGAGAAGAUGGAGAAGGAUAGCAAAGUACCAGAUGAACCUGAGGAGGGUGGAAAGAAUAUUGUAGCACAAGUUAGCAACUCCAAUGAGACCGUGGUUGAGAAGGUCACUGACAGCUCUGAAGUUGCACAAGGUGAGGAAAAGGGACUGGGGGAUGCCCAGGCCAAAGCUACAAUCGAGCACACACCAGCUGAAGCAGAGAAAGACAAUGGGACUGAAGAUGGUGACAAAGCAGCAACUGGUGGUGAAGAAGUCGAAAGGAAGGAUAAUGAAGACCAAAAGACUGAAGUAAAAAUUGGUUCUGAUGGGAAGAGCAAUGUCACAAGUAAAGCAGCAGAGGGUGAUAAGACUCAGAAUGGCAGCAAUGUGAAGGGUAAUGAGAUCCAGCCCUGACUUAUCAAAUGUCAUGCUGCUUUUCUCGUAGUCUUCCUGACCAUCUUAGGCUUGUGGCUUCUUAUAAAUGACAUUAGUCUUGUUGUUGAAUGAUAGAUAUUCUGAUUGUUUGUGAGACAUGUUCUGUAUGUAAAAGUCAUAGAAUAGCUAGAUAAUGUGGCAGCUUUCUUCUGGUUUUUUAAGGAACUCGUAGUGAAGAUGGAUCUUCGAAUGUUGCUACCUUAUAGAGUAGGCCUUUCAACAUUUGGAUCGGCAUUUGCAUUGAAGAAAUUGUAGGUUGCAUAGAUCUGUGUAAAACGUUGAACAGAGCUGUGUCUAUAUAUUGUUGUAAUAAGGCAACUUCUUAUUUACAAUUGAGAUGUCUUGGUCAUCCAAGAUUGGGUAUGUCAUAUACCUUGCAUUAACACGUCAAUAUUGUUAUGUCUUGUGAUACGCUGGCAGCGAGUCUUCAUAUUGAGAUGAGCUCACUGUUUAUCAUCUUUGCCAUGCUUACUGA